GAAGAGGUUUUCGAUUGGAGCGGAGCUGAAGGGUAAAGGAAUUCAUUAAUGCAAAUCAAAUUUACGCUGAUGAGCGAACGAAGCGAGCUAGCGAGCUACGGAGGUAAUCUCGGUGUCUCGCGAAGCCGUACGGAAUCCGUGCACGAGGAGAAAAUAAGGUAAUCGAUAUCGAUACCGAUUCACCCUUCUUGGGCCAAACGAUAGCGCAGUUGAGGGAAAGAUAAAACGAACACCCACCGAAUGACGCUCCCGACGAAUAAUCGCGAAUAGCACGUUUUCCCCCGUGAUAGGCACCAGGGGGAAUCGCUCGUUAACGAUAACGAAUCGACCACAAGGUCAGCCUACUACUUGAAUCGCGCUUUAGAACCAACGUGUACCACAAGCAGAAAAGGACUUGGUGUGUAAGGCUGCAUCGCGUUCACUCAUCUGCUUCAAGGCUGUUUAGACGUGUUUCGAUAAAUUUAGAAAGCAGAGAAAAAAAAACCCAAACAAAACAUAUAAUCACUGCCAUAUGCACCAGUAGCACCACGACCACCGCCGCCGCCGCCUAACAGCCUUGUGACCGCGCAGCAACACGUUCAACGGCCAAUCAAUCGAUAAUGACAAAAUAGCUCCACACCCCAAAGGCCCCAUAAAGGUCAAAUUCAGCGAACGCGAUAUUGAUGCACAUGCACCAGCCACCCAUCGGUGCGGAUCAUAGUCAUAGCCGUGCGCGAGGAGCCACUCCGUAUUUCUCUCUCCGUUCGAAGGUGGUCCGCGAAACGUUGAAGGUCUGCACGAAGUCUGCACGCAUCCUCACCUGACCGUUGUGGCCGUUGGCACACAUCGGUACGAAGCGGUCAAAAGAGUUCAUAAAAAUGUGUUCCACGAGUGGCAGUACGUUCACUACGAUUACCACUACCACUACCACUACAUCGAUCGCCGUCCUUGGUGUGUUAGUCGUGCUCCUAGCGCUAGCCACCGACCGUAGCCUUUGCAGCGCACUCCAUCCAACCGACAACAACAACAGCAACAACAACAACAACACCGUGAGCAGUACGGUCAAUAGCGUCACCAACGACCUUCCCGAGAACGCUAGUAGUGUCAGCGACAGCAGUAGUAACAAUUGGAGUAAUAGUAGUGGCGGCAGUAGUAGUAGUACCAGUACCAUUAGUAGUAAUUCUAUCGAUGGAGUGGCGGAUGGUGAAGCAACGACGUCACCGGUACCGCCAUUAGCACCACGACAGGGCAACAAAAGUUCAAGAUCCGGUGCACGGUUAAAGGAUGGUUACGGUUGGCCAACGCCGGAAGGCGGACAGAUACCGCUGGAGCGGUUACCGUCCAAUACGCUGCUCAAGUACACCGCCUACAAGGACGUCUCGAUACUGCACUUCCGCAUCCCAACCGACACCCGGACGGCAUUGUUCAGCUUCAAGGCGUACGAGGAAUCCAAAGGUGCCUUUCAGCGUAACUGCAAACCGAACGAUAUCACGCUGCACCUGAAGGCGGGCAGCUAUCCGGUCAUCAGCCCCGAGAACAUCACCUUCCCGAAGCACUUUCUCGACGCGGACGAACGAUUCGAAAUACACAGCCUGCAGUUCAAAUCGGACAGCAGCACACGCCGAUUAAGCAUCGAUGGGCCGCACCCGGGCAAUUGGUUCGCCGUGGCCUUUAUCAGCUGGACCGAUCCGAACAACGAGCGCAUCGAGCAGCAAGGACUGGCUGCAUCCUGUGAAACGCUGCUGAUGUCCGAGAUGGCGGUUGUUCGUGUCACUCCUCAGAUCCUGCACGUCGGUAUGCGGCACCCGGGCACACUGGCAAUACCGGUACGACCGGAGAUGGUCGCGACCAACCAGAGUGAACCCAACACGUACAAGUUCUUCGUACCGGCUGGUGUGGCGAUUGUCACCUGGCGCCUGCACAUCACCGACGCCUGCCUCAACUGUACCGAUGUGACGUUCUUCGUGCAGGCGCACGGUUUACCGACGGGACGCGAUUACCUACAGAAUGCGCUCAUCUGCCCGAACCAAACCGGUGACGUCAGUAUCGAUUUCUAUCCGCACGAAAGUGCCUGGCAUUACGUGGAUCUGGAUUUUCUGCGGUCCGAGGAGAAGCAGGCACCAGCUAGUAGUACUAACAAAAACGGCACAGUGACGGUUGCCCCAACACCACCACCACCACCGGCAGCGAAUAGGUCACUAGAGGAAGAGCAAGAGGAGCAGGCAUUGGAGCAGGAAGUAGAGUACCUUCGCUUUACGAUCGAGCUGAUCUAUCACAUGCUCGAGGACGACGGUAGCAGUAGCGAGCGUACCGGCAACGAUCUGUCUCCCUCUGUUGAACCCCUGGCGACCACCGAUGGAGUGGGCAGUGAGAUGACGAAAUCGCUACCAAGUCGCGCCUUCGAUCGGUACCCGGUACUACGGCAGACGUACCGAGAGUUCUUCAUGUUCGACUACGAUUUGCUCCCGGACGUGAACGGUACGGUACCGGUGACGCUCAAUCUGACCUCCGGUAUGCCCGCCCUGAUGAAGUUCGACGUUAACGAUGUGUACGAUAUCGGUGGUACGCUCAGCUUCGCGGUAGCCAUGCGGCAGGACCUAAAGGCGAGCCUGAUCGAUGCGCGGCACCAGGAAUCCACCAACGAGCACGCGGGUGUCGUCGCCGAGAAGUUGGUCGAUGUACAGGAGGAAGAGUUUAUACCCGAGCUACCGGUCACCAUGACAACCGCUACCACGACGACGACAACGACGGCGACAACAUCUACAGUGGCGACUUCGAUUGCGGCAAGCACUACUGCAAGCACCACGACCCCUGGCUCACCGUCGUCGUCGUCGUCGUCAUCUUCGGGCCACGCAAGCGCCAACAGUAGCGCCGGUAAAGCGAACCAAACCGUGAUCGUGUGCCUACGGCUAGAGGAACCGGGUAUACCGACCUGGCCGGACAAGUGUGUGUACGGUCGGCACAUCUACCCGGCCGCAAUCGUCAUCAACAAUACGGAUGCCGACACGAACACGGGCCUGGUGCAUGUCCCGUUUCCCGAACCGGGCAGCUGGUACGUGACGCUCGGACUGUUCUGCCACGGUCCCGAUCUAACCGCCCGGACGACGAUCAUCGACAGUGUGAAGGAUUUUAUCCGUACCUAUCGUGGUUCGCUGGAAGCGAUGCGAUCGCCCUGCUCCUGUGCCGAUCGGCUCGCCUACUACCGUACGUGCGUCGCCGACGAGCACUGUCUUGGGGCGCUCAACGAAACGGAAACACUGAAAAUCAAAGAGUGUCUCAUGGACGCCAAAUGCAGCGGCAGUACGGCACAAUCGGAGCGAAUGGCUCGCCGGUUCGAGCUGCACCACAAGUACGUGACGGAGCAGAGUGCUAGCGGCGGUGGUACGAUCGGUAACCCGGAGUGUAACUCGAGUGUCGUGUUCACCAUCUCGAGCAGCCCUUGUGUGGCCGGUCGGUGUGGCAGAUUCGGUCGCUGUUAUCACUACAUGUCCGGUGGAUUCGUCUUUUCCACCUGUCUCUGUCUGCGCAACUAUCGAGGGUGGGAUUGUACCGAGGACUCACAGGUACCGUCCAGUGCGUCCAUUCUGCUCGCUUCGCUUCUGCUCACGCUCUCCAAUCUACUGUUCCUACCGAGCAUCUACUAUGCGGUCAGGCGUGGCUACCACAGUGAAGCGAUCAUCUACUUCUUCGCCAUGUUCUUCUCCGCGUUCUACCAUGCGUGCGAUUCGGGCGAGGAAGAGUUCAGCUUUUGUCUGGUGAAGAUCGGGGUGCUACAGUUCUGCGAUUUCUACUGUGGCCUGCUGGCCAUCUGGGUGACGCUGAUCGCGAUGUCGAACGUGCGGCACCAGCUCGUCUCGCUGCUGCACGUACUCGGUGCUAUUUUGCUUGCGUUCGGUACCGAACUGAACAAGCAGUCACUGUGGGUGUUCUUGGCACCGGCCCUCACCGGCAUCUGUCUCAUCUCGGUCAGCUGGGGUCUACGGUGCCGCAAGACGAAACGGUGCUUUCCGUCCCGUAACUAUCUAGCGCUUUACCUACCGGUCGGCAGUGUGCUGGUGAUGGUGGGGCUCGUGUGCUUCGCCUUUCUGCAGACGAAACAGAACUAUCACAUCGUUCACUCGAUCUGGCACAUGGUGAUGGCGCUCAGCAUUCUCUGCCUGCUGCCGGAUCGCAAAACCUUCCACCCGAAGUGCUAGCAU